GCAGCCUAGGAGUCAGCUGUCUUGUGUCAAGAAAUUUCACAGUGAUUAGCAAAACAUUGAGAUUUUCAUCUGAAUUUUCUUUCAUUUGGUGUAUUUAUCAAGUGAGUAACAAUUUGAGCACUUAAAAGACAUCCCUGGGCAUCAUUUAGUGAAAAAAAAAGUGUGUAAAGAAUGGGAAAUAAGGCAGUAAAGCAGCAUUUUGAGACAGCUCAAAAGACUGGAGUUCUCAAGAUCUCCCAGAUGAGAUUACAGGAAUUCCCAUCGCCUCUGAAGCAAUUCCCCAAUUGUCUCAAGACCCUCGACAUUUCGGAGAACCGUUUUACAUCUCUGCCGCCAGAAUUGGGGAAAUUCACGCUGAUCAAGAGCUUAAAUGUCAGCGGAAAUCGAAUAGAAGCCCUUCCGGAAGUCCUGGGGCUCCUGAUAAAGCUGGAAACUCUGAAUGCAUGCAAUAACAUGCUGAAGCACAUUUCCCCUGCUCUUGGUAAACUCAAGAACCUCAAGCAGGUAAAUCUGAGCAACAAUCAGCUGACGGAAUUCCCGUCGAUGUUCUGUGGCCUCGAGAAUAUCGAUGUUCUGGAUGUAUCGCGGAAUAAAAUCACCUCAGUGUCAGCGGAAGUACGAGAUUUCCAUGGGGUGGAGUUGAAUAUGAACCAGAACCAGGUGGCGAGUCUCUCAGAGGAAUUGGCCACGUGCAAACGCUUAAAAACUCUGCGUCUGGAGGAGAAUUGUCUGCAGAUUUCGGCAAUCUCCCCGCGAAUCCUCAAGGAAUCCGUGAUUUGCAAUCUAGCUGUCGAUGGCAAUCUCUUCAGCUCCAAGCAAUUCACAGAAGUUGAUGGAUAUGAUGCCUAUAUGGAGAGGUAUACAGCAGUGAAGAAGAAACUGUUCUAGGAGACUCAAUACCUCUCAAAAACAUUCGGAUUUUCUCUAAUUUUACCUCCCCACGACUCAACCAGAAUGUCUAUUUUUUGAUAUCACCAAUUAAAAAUUCCUUAAAAAGAUGUUAAAUUUAUUUAUUGUCUAUUGCAAUUAAAUGGCAUUCACAGAA